CCACCCCGAUACACACACACACACACACACUCUCACAUAGCGCUGAGCACAAGCUGAUCACAGAGGCGGUGGAGGGCUCGGUGUGCGGGGCUCCCCGGCCGGGCUCCUCUAUUAUGUGGCAGCCAGCGUGGCCGUGCUAACAGCUUCCUUAUCUCUCUCAUUCUCUCAGACGGAGGACAUAUACUGAGCAAUCAUGCCGGGCAGUGAUACCGGGAUAGCUGUGGACAGGACCUACUCCGACCCGGAGAGACACCAGAGGACCAAGACCAGGGUGGACAGAUCUGAUAUGAAUACACUCAGCUUGCCUCUAAAUAUCAGACGAGGAGGAUCAGAUACCAACCUUAACUUCGACAUACCCGAUGGCAUCUUGGACUUUCACAAAGUCAAACUCUCUGCCGAUAGCCUAAAGCAGAAAAUCCUCAAAGUCACCGAACAGAUUAAAAUCGAACAAACUGCCCGUGACGGCAAUGUGGCGGAGUACUUGAAACUGGUGAAUAGCGCUGAUAAGCAACAGGCGAAUCGAAUUAAACAAGUCUUUGAGAAAAAGAAUCAGAAAUCGGCUCAUACAAUUGCACAGCUGCAGAAAAAACUGGAACAGUAUCAUAAAAAGUUAAAGGACAUAGAACAAAAUGGCUCUGCAACAAAGAGUACAAAAGACCUUUCCAAAGAACAUCUUAAAGAUUUACAACAUUCUUUAAGGGAUGUGAGCAGUAGUUCUAGAGCUACUGGUUCAGCAGAACACAGUAAAAUGGGUGUACCGGGGGUUUCUUUGACUCCCCCAAUGUUUGUGUUCAACAAAUCACGGGAGUUUGCAAACCUUAUUCGUAAUAAAUUUGGAAGUGCUGAUAACAUUUCUCAUCUAAAGAACACGCUCGAUGACUUUCACCCAGAGAACAAUGCCAGGAACUUAAGUGGGAGUGCCACAAUGGUCACUAAGCCCAAGUAUGUAAGCGAUGAUGAGUGCUCUAGCGCGACGUCUGGCUCAGCUGAUAGUAAUGGAAACCAGGCAUAUGAUGGAGGACGGACAAAUACUAAUGUCAGCCAAGGGGAUCUUGCUGUAUUUCUAGACGAGCUGAGAGAAAUAAGAGAGGCUCAGAGUCAGCUAGCUGAAGGCAUUGAGGCCCUCAAACUACAGUUCAAAAGAGACUAUGGAUUUAUUUCACAGACAUUACAAGAAGAAAGAUACAGGUAUGAAAGACUUGAGGACCAGCUCAAUGAUCUGACUGACCUUCACCAGCAUGAGACGACAAAUUUGAAACAGGAUCUGGCGAGCAUUGAAGAAAAGGUUGCUUAUCAGGCUUAUGAAAGGUCCAGGGAUAUGCAGGAAGCUUUGGAAUCCUGCCAGACCCGUGUCUCCAAACUGGAGCUCCACCAGCAAGAACAGUUAGCAGUGCAGUCUGAAACAGUGAAUGCCAAAGUACUUUUAGGCAAAUGUAUAAACAUACUUGUGGCCUUAAUCACUGUUGUUCUGGUUUGUGUGUCAACCAUUGCAAAAUUCACAGCACCAAUGAUGAAGAGCCGUUUCCACAUCUUUUGCACUUUUUUUGCAGUGACACUGUUUGCAAUCUUUUGUAAAAACUGGGACCACAUAGUAGGUGUUCUGGAACGGGGUAUCUUGUCAACAUGAACAUCCCCUCCUUCCUGUGUGAACAAACUUCCUGUAGGGACUCGAAUGCCUUUUUUAAGUGGAUUUAUUUCUACAUUUGUAGACUGUUUAUUUAAACCACUCUUGGCAUGCUUACAUUCAUAUGUUGCCUUAAAGUUGCAUAAAUGGAUUCCUUUCUUUAAGUGACCGCUAUGAGGAGAUGAACCAUUAAAGGUGGAUAUUCUAUGUAUGAAGCAUCAACAAUCAUUGUUUGUCCUGUGGAUCUCUAUUGUGCAAAUCAUUGCUUGAUGUAUAGUUCAUUUGGCCUACCAAAGCUUCUCUUGGUUACUGAAUUGUUUAUCAGGUUUAGGAAAAGAAACACAAUGGAAUGUUUGUUAAUGCAUGUAUUUGUGAAUUGUUUUUCCAUUUAGCUAUUAACAGAAUGUAUUAGUUAUUAAUGCUAUACAAUGAAAUCAAAACUUGAAUGUUGUCAACACUGUUAUACAGGAGGUUAUGUGUUAAUGUGUUAUUUAGUAAACCGGCAUGAAAGUAA